AUGAGCGUCAACGAGCUGCUUGGCAGCGACAACCAAGCUCGACUGAAGGAGCUUGCGAAAGACACGCUGUCGGCUGAGAGCACGCUCAAGAGCCUCGCGUCCGAGGACCCUUCAAGCCGACGAGAUGCGGCAUUGAUAGUCUUUGACCGCGCUUGUAACAAGCCACCUACUCUGGAGAAUACUACUCUGGUAGAUGCCCUCGCAGAGACAUUAAAGCCACCAUUGCCCAGAGCUCAAGAGAGCAUCGAUGCCCUCGCCUGGGCAACGUCUGCCGAGGCAGCCCUGGCAGCUCUGUGGUCCCUCGACGCAGAGGUCGACCAGAUACAUGAUGCUCUACUGCUAUGCGUUAUUCCGUACGCCAAAGCCCGUAAGCCCUGGGUGACAAUGACUGCAGCCUCCACCGCCGAGCGCCUGCUCGACAGGUAUCGACCAGGCGAGAAGAAGCAAGACUUCAUCAUCACUGGCGUCCUUGAGCGCUACCUGCGGCCCAUCUUCUCCAAGAGGCCUCUUGGAAGGACGCCGGGCCGCACAUUGUCGCCGUCUUUGACUGGGCCGUCGAAGCGUCCGAGCCUGCUACGAUGA